GUCAGUCUGGUAAGGUGUGAACAUUGUGUUCCUUCGAGUACAGCAGUCUCAGGAUGAGGUGUAUCCUACAAUCCUUUUGGGGGGCUCACCUGUUCUUCUGUCUUAGUGUACUCUGGCACUUUGGGGAAGCCAGAGUGCAUACUGAAGUUCAGGCUGGUCCUUUGUAUCGUGUGGUAGGCUCCCCUCUCUUCAUCUCUUGCAAUGUUAGUGGUUUCGCCAAUGAGAGCAUUGACAAAAAUUUUGAAUUCCGAAUUUUCAAGCCUGCAAAUCCAAAUUUACAAAUCAACAUCAUCAGCACAAAAGAUCCGGACUUCGGUUAUGCCAUAUAUCAAAGUCGUGUGAGAAGCAAGGAUAUUACUGUGAAACGUAUGUCGCCAAACUCUGUUGUUUUUGAGAUACAAAACCUACAGAAAAAUGAUGAAGGGGAUUAUGAAUGUACUGCAGUUAACCACGAAGCUACUUAUGGUGGAACCUACAGUGUUAAGACCACCGUCAAAGUGAUUGACAACUCCCUAAGUGUUUCAUCAUCCGGCUCCACCUCACUGAACUACGAUGAGGGUGAUGCUCUCACUUUAACAUGCCAAGUCUCCAGCAACACCAUCCAGCACACCCAUCUGUCUCUCACCUGGUAUCUCCUUAAAGGCAAUGAGGACAGCGCGCAGCCUAUUAUUUCUCUUGACAGAGAUCUCACACUGAGUCCGGGCCAGGGGUUUGAGGGGCGUUACCAGGCUGGACUCAUAAUGUUAGAUAAAGUUGGAGAGGCCACAUACAAGCUGAAGAUGGCUCAGGUGGAGCUGUCAGAUCAAGGCAGGAUCUACUGCCAGGCUGAUGAGUGGAUCCAAGAUCCGGACCGCUCCUGGUACUCUAUCGCACGGAAGGAUGCAGGGGAAACUACCUUGCAUGUCAAAGCCAAAGAGGUGGUGGCAGACAAGUCGUCACUGGUGGUGAAAAUUUCAGCACAGCAGACAACUCUGCAGGAGGGGCAUGAGCUGUCGCUAUCCUGCACCGUAGACACACAGAACCUGGAAGAGAGGUUUUUCUCUGUAGCUUUGCUCAAGGGAAGUGUUGAACUGGCAAAGAUCGGCCCUACAGGCAUUCUGUCUUUGGGGUCUGAGUACAGCAGUCGCGGAAAGGAAGGAGAGCUCAGGGCUACUCGCACCGGGAACAGAGAUUACAAUCUCAUAUUGAAGCCUGUCCGAACUGAGGACCAGGGACACUAUAUGUGUAGGGCAUGGCUUCAGGAAAGAGGCCAGGAUGGUGCCUUUACACAGGGUGCAGCCCAGGACUCAAACUCCCUGCUGGUCAGCAUCUCAGCCACAGAAAGUGGGCUCUCAGUUGAAAUGACAAACAGCAAUGUGAGUGUUAAUGAAGGUGACAGGCUGAAGCUCAGUUGUACAGUGCACGGGGUCAACGGUCAGCUGUCCGUCACCUGGCAGCGCAAAUUAACAUCCACAUCAACAGCCACCUUCACCAAUGUCAUCGGUCUGAGUCGGGAGGGUGUUAUGGAGAAAGCGGAAGAGUUCAAGAAUCACAAAGUCAAGGCAAUGCGUCCAGCAUCAGACACUUUCAUCCUUGAACUUGAUGAGGUCACACUCGCUGAUUUGGGUAUCUACAAGUGUGCUGUGUCUGAAUGGAAAGUCAAUAGUAAGACAAACAGCCGAUUUCAGGUUGCAAAUGUGAAAGUGGUUCCUGCAGAUUCGCUUGUGAGAGUGAACCUGAUAAGUCGCAACAGCAUGGUGACUGUAGGAGAUAAUGUGGAGUUGAUGUGCCGCGUCAGAGGGCCGCCCCUGCCAACAGUACUGACUUGGAGCUUGCAGCGUGAUGCCUCAACCCUAGAUAACAUCCUGACUGUGCACUCUGGUGGUACCAUCAGCUGGUCUGGAGACCAGCAUCGCUACCAGCUGAAAGUAGAAAGCCAACCAAAUGCGGUAAUUUACUAUCUGAUUAUCAAUGGGGCAAGCCACAGGGAGGCAGGACGCUACCAGUGUAGUGUGUCUGUUGUCAUGGAAAAAGUGUACAAGAAGCUGCCUGCAUCCAACCAGCUAGCUGUGAUGGUGCAAAACCCAGAGAGCAAACUCGAUCUGACCUCCACCCCUGGUUUGACAAGAGAUAUCAACACUGACAUAGAAAUAAAAUGCUCUGUUACUUCAGCUUCCUCUAAAUCCUCUCGCUAUGCUGUCACCUGGGUACUCCAGCAAAAGGGAGAGAAUAUGACCAUUUUAAGCUCAGAUCGGGAUUCUUUAGUAACAUUUGGGCCACAGGUCGAGAGACAGCGAAUCAGCAUGAGGUGCACUGAGGGGCCUAGUUUUGAGUUGACUAUUCGGCAAUCUCGGAUCUCAGACAAUGGCUCGUAUGUAUGUGAGGUGGUAGAGUGGCUACAAGAUCCUCAUGGUGAAUGGUAUCAACUCUCAUUAGUCUCCACAACUACCGAGCUAACACUGAUUGAGCCUGGGGAAGCUGCCUCUAACACUGGAUGCAACUCAGGUACCUGGAUAGGUGCUUUCAUUGGUACUGUCAUCUGCUCACUGAUUGUCAUGUCCCUAUUGGUGCUGAAGAUAAUCCGUACCAAGGCGUCAGGAAGGAAGUCAGGCGAGUCUCUGUGGGUGGAGCAACCUCUUAACAAUAAACCCAGUGCAGAGAACUGAACACAAUAGAUAAUGCUGUUUUAUAUGCAAUCUGUUACGUGCAAUAAUGUUUUAUAAUUUAGAUAGUUGCACUUGUUUUUUUGUUUGCUUUUUUUAAUCAUUUUAGAAGUGUCCAAGAAUUCUUGUUGAUACAAAUCUGUUUUAGUCUUUGUACAGCUGGAAAUA